CAAGCAUUCACAGCAGGAGAGGCAUCAGGAGGGGGGAGGUGUGGCAAGAAGAAGGGAAUUAGGAGUGAGUGGCACAAGGUGGUUUUCAAGUCUAGUGAAUGAGAGAGGAAGGCAGAGAAGAGGAGGAAAGGAAGUGAGGAGGGAGAGAGUACAAAAGAAAGCAAGGCAGAUCAAAAGGCUGGCUUGGAAAGUAAACAAAGCAAUGUUUGGGGAGGAGAGAAGAGGGGCAACAGGCAGGCUCAAGACAGCAAAAGAAUAAUAGACUGACCAGGAACAUUUGCUCAACAACUGGAGAGUGAGGACUGAGAGGGGUUACUGGCUGGCUGAUUCCUGGUGCUAACUUAUGGCAGAACUCCGAAAGUAGAUUGCAUUUCGCCUGUAUCACAUCAUAUCCCCAGAGUCAAGAGCUUUUGAUGACCUACUUCUGACCCAGAUAGAAAAGACCUUCUCCCUCUCAGUAAUACACACUACAAACCAUGACUGAAGAAAUAGAACGUCCCAGGAGUGGGCUAAGUGUCACCAGCAGCGUAGUCACUACGGCUUCAGUCAGCCAGGGGUCAAGGCCAUCCACUAGAUCUAUAAAAAGAGUGCACACAUUCGGAAAAAGAGAAUAUUCUAUAAAGAGAGACCCAAAUUCUCCUGUGGUGAUUCGUGGAUGGCUGUAUAAACAGGAUAGUUCUGGUUUAAAACUAUGGAAAAGAAGAUGGUUUGUUCUUUGCGAUUUCUGCUUGUUUUAUUAUCGAGACAGCAGAGAAGAGACUGUGCUGGGCAGCAUCUUAUUACCUAGUUAUGAAAUCUUACCUGCCAGCCCACGAGAGGUGAAAAAUCGACGGUUCAGCUUCAAGGCCGAGCAUCCUGGCAUGCGGACUUAUUACUUUGGCGCUGACACACUUGAGGAUAUGAAUGCUUGGAUCCGAGCCAUGAACCAGUCUGCCCUGGUAGUUUCUGAAGACAAAAACAACAGGAUUAACCAUGUUCACAACUUGACAAAUUCAACGCAUGAUGACCUGUAUGCAAGCUACGAGGAUUUCUCCCACACCGGGAUCAAUCCGUCGGGUGAGCAUGCCAAAAGUGCAGAAUCUCUUGAGAUUGCGCAACUCUCUGAAUCCAGAUCACAAGACGAAAGUUCAAGGGACAGUCUUCCAGAGCAAGACAGGAAUGGAGACUUGGAUAAGGAUCAGCUGUUCAUUGGUCUCAGAGAGUCAUUAACAGAUGCAAUGCAACAUUACACAUCGAUCGCCCAGAAUGGGUCAGUCCCACCACCCACCCCUGAAAAUGGAGUGAAGAACAUGGAACUCACUUAUAGUAGACAAGAGUUGGAAAGCAAAAGAUCCUUGGAGCGGAAAGACUCCAUUCCAGAAGAUGAGGAGUGGGUGCCUUUUCAUAAAGAUCAAUCUGCAUUUAAAGAAACUUCAGAGUCCUAUGGUGCCAGGAGCCCAUCCAGGAUUCCACAAAAGGGUUUUGAAUGUCCACAUGAUGUUUAUACAACACCCCUCUCUCGCUCUGCCCCUUCUUCUCCUGCUGUACUUCCUGCACAUGUAUACAGCUCUGAGGUUGGAGAUAGAAUCUGGAGUUCAAGAGAUGAGAAACCAAUGCCGCGGACUGAUCUUCUUCUUGGAAAUGUAGAUGGCAGAAAUGUAGCCUCUUCGCCUGUACAUUCUGGGUCACCAUCAAGAACCAUAACUUGUCAAUCGCCCGAAAAAGCAGAAUAUGUAGUACAAAGACUAGUUAAACCUUCAAGAUCAUUUUCACUUCCACCGACUCCAUCUGAGAUUUCUAAACAUCGGAUGGUAAACAGGAUGUCGCCUUCAAGUAUCAAUUAUGGAAGUUCAUCAACUAGUGAGAAGGCUCCAUACUAUUCAGACAGCAGUCACAUGAUACCUGUGUCAUAUGCUGGAAGCCCAACCAGAAAAGAUGCUCCCCUUUCUCCAAGCCUUAAUCCAAAGGUUCAGUCUCCCAAGGCCCAUGUGGGCUCCAUUGAUGAGUUGGUUGUACCUGGAUCUCCUUCUCAGGGAAGAUUAUCAGGCCGAUCAAACACGCCUAUUGGGCGGGUAGACAUCCUUCCUUUAGAAGAAAGACUCUCAAAUUCUGCACCUCCUUCCAGACAUAAUGAAGAAAGAUCUGGUGAAUAUUUCAUAACCAGCUCCAAGACCAGAUGCCAUAUUGUUAAGUCCUCACUAUCAAGACCUCAAACACCGUCUGAUCGGUAUGAUGUCAUACCAUCUGAUGAUCCCUACUCUUCAUCUACAGUGGCAAAGGGUAGAUACUCCCGGAGGUCACAACCUCUUGGAGCUGAAGAUGAAAGACUAGUAGAUGGUUGUGGGGUACCUUUGCCACCCAGAUCUCACGCAUACCCAAACCGAUUACAAAUCAGGCAAAAUAAUCCAAAUGAAAGAGUUAUAAUAGAAGAGUACCCUGCAGAGUUAUCGCUUACUCCAUCCCUCAGACACCGAAACCAGGCACCAAGGCAGUAUUCUGAGAGGUCAUUACUUGCUCCUGGAGCAGUAUGUUCUGGACGAGGUUUUGGGCUUGGCUGUGCACCCAGACACUUGUCAAAAAUGGGCUCUGCCAGCUAUUCCCAGCUACCUCCCCUGCCUCCUGUCUCGGGCCGACCAGGUGCUCAUGCACCCACUGGAAAGAGGAUGUCUCUCAGUGUUCUGCCAUCUGGCUCUACAACUUAUCGGGAGAGAGCCCUACAUCAGCCUCGCCUGGCAGACAAUAGCAUUGAUGUACUUCUGACAAAGGUGUGCGGUCAGGAUAAAUUGCUUGUCAGCAUUGAAGAGGAAACCACUCAUCUAAGAGCAGAGAAGGAAAAACUAGAGGAUGCACUACAAAUGACGCACCACCACCUUGAUGAGUUCCAGGGUCAAGAUCAUAUUAUAGAAAAUAUUUGGUACCAACAGAGACUGCUGCAGGAUGAUCUUGUAUAUGUGCGUGCAAGACUGUGUGAUCUUUCCCUGGAACGAGAGCGAGCAUGGGAGGAAUACAGGGUUCUUGACAGUGACUUGCAAGCAUUGAGGGAGACUUUGGAACGCGUCAGUCAAAUGGGGCAUCCACAGGAGCAAGCUGCCGCCCAGCGUGAUCUUUGGAUGAUCAAUGACAUAAUUUCUGGCCUGCGAUUUAAUAAAAGCAGUUUCCAUGUCAUCCCUGAGUCAACACGGCAUCCCGGAAUAAUGGCUUCGUCCCCAGUUGGAGAACCCCAGCCUGCGUAUCAGAGAAGCUUCCUUCAUCAUUCCGGUCAGAACCAUCUAAGCCAGAGAGAAGGCCAUGCAGACUUUGAAAAUACUCCUCCUAGACCACCUCUCCCCAAGAACCGCCAGGCCAUCCCUAGCCCUGGAAUAGAUGGACAGAGUAGAGGGAACAGUGACCAGCAGCAGAAUAAACAAGACCAGUUCCAUGAGCAACAGACUGAUUUGGAACUCAAGGACAAUGAAGGACAACAGGCAUCGACUGCUGAUGGAGAUGCUGUAAAACCCAAUAAGGAUGCAGUAGACUAUCGUCUGAUUCAAUCCUCCUGCCCGGUGUCCAUUCCCAAAGGCCACAAGAUCAUUAAAGAAGUAAAGUCUUCGCCUCCCAGCAUGGCAGACGUUGGCACUGUUAGGAAGCAGAGAAUGAGUGCAGAAGAACAGCUGGAACGAAUGCGGAAACACCAGGAGGCCCAGAUUCAUGAAAAACCAAAACCUGGCAUUUCUACUCAGAGGCAGAACUCUCAGAGAGUCAUUACAGCUACAAUUGGAGGAAGGUUGAGGUCCUCAUCAUCUGAUUCCCUCCCAGUUGGAACAAAUUCUCAAAUAGACAAAGCAUCUUUGGAACAAAGAAAACCUGCAUUGGUCAGGGUUACGGCUUCCUUUUAUCCAAGCACCGCAUCCACUCCACAAGCUGGAAAAUUGGGAAGUGUGAAAUCCAAGGUAGCUCCCCCUAACACACCACAGGACAGUAGACCCUCUGCCCAAUGCAAUGUUGAUGAACCAACAUAUAGUCUGGUGAUGGAACCCCAAGCACAAAGCAUUACUUCCAUGACCAGCCUUGAGAUCUCUCCACUGACCAAGGUGACUCCUCCAUUGAGGACAAGCAGUAAACUAGUCACUGCAGCUUGUAAGCAAGCCAAAAAGGAUUUGCAAGAUGGCAGCCAUGAGAAACUGGAGUCAAGCUCAAACCAAAUGCACUCCCAUCAAGGCAUUUCUUCAGAAACCAAGUCACAUGCCAGCACCCAACCAGAACUCGAAGUCCAAAGAAACUCUGAGCGAGUUAAAAAAGGGUCUGUGACUAGCCCUAGCCCACCCCCUGGAGGAAUCAGCAGACAGUCAGAAGAAGGUUACACCAUCGAAAUGGAGGGGGAACGUGAACGGAUUAUCAGUUUAUCAUACACAUUGGCAUCAGAGGCCUCCCAACUUAGCAAAAAUAUGACAGCCGAAACCUUCGCUGAUGAUUGUGAUGCAGCAAGUGAUAUCUCCGCUUCCGAGGAAGUUUAUCCCUGGGACUUUUUUAUGCAGGAUUCCUAUCCCAGCAAACAGCCUGAAGCUAAGGAGGGCUGUCGGUACAAAACCACUUCUAAAUCUUCUUCCACAGAAGAUAAUGUGCAUAAACUGGGAAAUUGCCAGCAGAAUUCAGGAGAAACCUGCACCUCUCAAGGAGAACAUUUUGAAUUUGACAAAGAUCUUUGUAAUGCUAUCCCUUCAGAGAACCUUCAUUAUGAGAAUUGGUGUGCUCAGAAUGAGAAUGGAAAAUCCGAUCACAGCCCAGCCAUGAAACAGGAGAAUACAUCACUAUCAAAGUGCAAUGGGCAAGUGGGAACCUAUGAUUUCCUCAUAGAAGAUUUGCAUUACCACCCAUUGAGUUUAAACAAAGUAUCCGAUUAUUGCAAGGAAGAGCGAGAGCCCAUCAGAAUCACUCUUCUCCAAUCUAGUUUCUAGUUUUAAGAAGAACUGAAUCUACAGCUCUAAGAAGGACUUUUACGUGAGCCUUAAUGGUGGAAACAGAAUGUUAUGGUGGAGAUGGUUUAAUUUAUGUAGCAUUGCUAGAGACACGAGAAGGGAAGUGCUGGAUGAAAGAUAUGUAAAGAAUGUCAGAGGAUGUAAAUAGUAUGUACAUAAUGAAGCUGUGAUCCUUUUGAAUCCUAAAUUGGAAUCGUAGAUGCACUGAGGAGUUGAAAUGUUAAACUUGUGAAAUAAGAAACUUUUAGGGAAGAAAGUCGUACGCUAGACAGAGCUACACAUGCAACAAGGCUAAAAGAGGGAAUGGUAUGUGAUUUAUAACUGGAGAAGAUAUUAAUGAAGUUGCACUCGAAAAGGUUUUAGAGGAAACGUACUGCUAGUAUUAUUGUUCAAAGCCGAGGUUAAAGUUGAUGUUUUCUUAACUUGCAUGACUAGGGACAGUUGCACUAUUCAGUGAGCAAAAGUAAUGUUGAAUAAGAAGGCUGGAAUAUAUGAAGGGCUUCUCAUCCUGCCUGAAACUAGUUGUUGGUUUCUUUUGUUUUUAUUUUUCAUCAGGCUAUGGCCAUUCUAGGAUCUCCGCAUAACUGGAAGGAAAUAUCUACCGAAAUGUCUACCAGAAUUAUUUGUGUAUUUUUUUAUUUUUGUUUUUUAAUGUACUGAAAAACUACCACAGUUGUCUGUUAUCAGCUAUAUUAUCUGUUUUUCUACAAUUGUUUCUUAAUCAAAAUCAAAUCUUCUCAGUUAGAGGUCAACGUGGAAUGCCUUUAUGAAGUGGAGGCCACCAUUCAUCAUGGAUCUGUCUGCCAAAAUGAAUGGUUUAUUUUUUACGAAAAAUUUCUUUUAAUCCUAAGACCUGACUGGUCUGUAUAUUUUUAUUAACUUUGUAUUUUAUUGCAGUGCCUUGACCAGUAAACUAGUGGUUUGUUAUUUUGCCCUUUUGUAAAGGGUUUGUAUAAUUUUAAUAUGCAAUCCAUGCAAUGUUAUGAACGUGCCUCUUGGACUGGCUCUUACUGUGUAUGCUGUCUGUCGUUAACCUGCCAUUAAAACCAAAUAGGUCAAUCUAUUGCUUUAUUAGCAAUACCUAACCAUAUAAUGGCUGUAACCCUUUCUUAUUAUAAGCUCCACAACUUUCUUUUUUUUAUGACUUUUU